CCGGAAUACUCAAGUGGGGCUGAGGUCGCGCCGGGUAGGACGCGCGCAUAUAAAAACAAGAGGCGAGCUCCGGCCGCUCACCAGUGCCGAUCAUCGCGUUAUCGCCCGCGAAAGUGAACUCGAUCCGAUUAAACAACAACUCGAUUACAAGAAAUAAUAAAAAAAAAAAAAAAACCAUAUUAUCAUUUCCCGAGUGACUUCGUAAAAUACGUCACGAAUAUAAACAUCGUCUCUUCGGUCAUCCGAUCCGGCGUCCACGAAACCGUCCGUUUACGAUUAAAACCGGCAAAAUGAUGAUUUAUUUACUCCCGUGCGUUUUGCUCCUCUGCAGCACGUAUUCAGGUAACGAUAUGACAUAUUAACAUAAUAUAAUAUCCGGUUUUCACUAUUGCCGCGUAAUGCGCACAAAUCGUAAUAAACAACGAGAUACGUAAUGUUUUCGAAUUUUUCCGGUUUAUUUUUUAUUUUUUAUUUUUUUUUCCUAUCAAUCAUUUACGGCCGCUCGUAUUGUCGCGUAUGUAUGUAUAACACAAAUAUAUUUUGGAAAAAUCAAACCCGCGCUUCCGUUACGAUAAAACACGCCGGGGUUCCGCGCGUUGGUUUUAAGCUGUAGGCGCCUGGCGGCAUUACCGUCGGUACCCCGGGUUCGUACUUGGGAUUUCGUACUCGGCGAUUAUCGGCCCCGCGGUUCGCGUAAUAAUAACCGCGCCGCCGCGUUCGCGACAAUCCGCCGGACCGACCGACCGACCGAACACCGAUAACCGGUUACAUCGUCGUCGUCGUCAUCACCGUCGUCGUAAUAUCGUAUCCCCAGAAUUCGGACGUGUACGGUCUGCGUCUGUCGCACGCGAUACGCGGUGAAAGAAAAAGAAAAUUUUCGGCGUUCGGGUUCCAUUGUACGUACACGUAGUCGGCGGCGACGCACGUCUUUGCGUGACGUCCGGCCGCGGUGUGGGAAAAGUGAAAUUUCGACGCACGUUUCCUCUUGCGGUCCAUGCGUUUUCAUAAACGUUACAUAGGAAAUUCCGUUACCCGGGAAACGCGUUUCCACACCACACGUACGUAACACGCGCGCACACACAACGCAUCUACGUGUCUCCGCGGCGGCGGCGGCGGCGGCGGUGUUUGCGUACGGCCUUCACGCGCUGCAGUCGCGCCGCCGCCCCGGCAAACGGGUCUGUUGCCGGUCCCCGGACGCUCGGUUCCUACUCACUUCCUAACGCCGCGUUAUUAAAAAAUAAUCACAAAAUUAUAGGUGCGGUCGAACUGCGCGUAUACAUAAUGGAAUACAACGCGCACGGGAAAGUAUGACGUACAGUAAUAACAACAACGACGUUGUACGAUAGUUUGAAUGUCCACAUAACGAGGCGGUAUUGUGGUAGUAAUACUUAAAUAUAACGUACUAUACUUAUGUAUCCAUAUAAAAUUAUACGUGUUACGCGAGUGUGUGUGUGUGUGUGAGGUAACCUUCGGGCGAGAAAGACGGCAGAGAGAAACACGAGUCGAAAGAACGAUAGAGUAAGAGAGGGACGGCGAGAGAACGUUGAGAAAGAUAUUAAGAAAGAAAGAAAAAAAAAACUAGUAAACGCGUUUGAACUCGAUUUUUAUGAACCGGAAGGCGUGUGUGCGUGUGCGUUACAUAAUCGCGUCACCGACGACGUUUUCGAAGGCAAAGACCGCGGGGGAGAAGACAGACGUAACGCCGCCAAACCCUCGUUUCUUCUUCUUCUUCUUCUUCUUCUUCUUCUACUUCUUAUGCUUCGGCUUCUUAUGCUCCGGCUUCUUAUUCGGCCACUCACCUCUACGGGCGACGGCGUCUGAUGAAUAAUGGAUAGCCGACAAUGUUAACUUGCGCAGUCGGGACACGAUCGGUGAGCUCACGAUAAACGCACACAACGCGUGUAUAAUAAUGUCCGAUUGCGCAACGCGCGCGACGCACGUGCCCACACAUAAUAGUAUAUAAUAUUACGAUGUAUCGUUACGCACGCGCGUGUAUUAUAUUUAUGUUUUUCAUAACGCGCACGUACAGGCGCGCGGGGCUAAAGACUCUUGUCGACUUUUGGGCGCGCCCAAGGACGGUCACCGUAACCCAUAUAAUAAUAAUAUUGUGUGUUAUGUAUUUGGGCGCGCGGUACGCGAAUAACGACAUAACGCGCGGGACCGUUGUUCCCGGCCGCGGGUUGUGUGACAUAAUCCCGCGUUUUCUCGUCGCGGAAUGCCGUGCGACAGGAUUACAAUGUCAAAACGCGCGGACCGUAGUACGCGGUCGGGAUAGUACCGCGCCCGACUGCAUUUACCGCGCGGGACCGUAAAAAACGGGUUCGCUUUCUAUUGUCGUCGCGCGCGUUAUUUUUUUUUUUUUUCGCUCGUUCCUACGCCGCGUCCUCGGGCCCGGUCGGUCAACGGUCCGGUUUUCGUCUUCCGUCCGCGCCGCCGGCAAUCGCGGCGCUGUUACGAUAUCGUUAGCCGCACUUGCGGCAACCGCGUACGGGCCAAGGGUCAACGCGUUGCGCAACGAAAACGACCGCAGACGCGAUCCAUAAUCUCUCGCGUAUUGCGACAGCCGCUCGCGCGCCCGAGAGAAACUAACAACGUCGUACUGCCGCGGUCGUUUUUAAUGCCGUAUCGGUUGGGGGUUUUUUAUUUUUUUUCCCCCCGGUCUCCGGACAACGCGCGGGUGACGCGGUCCGCGAUGCGGCAACGACGUACUGUUGGCGACGAAGCGCAAACCGGCUGCCGCGGCCGCGGCCGUCAUCCGCUUCGCCGGCCGGACCGUAAUAUCGCGAACGACACCGCCGCACAACCGCCUGACGAAAACCGGAUGCGGCGCGCGGGGCACGGGCGACCGGUGCGCAACACGCAACACUGUCGUGCGUGCCGUGUACAUUACCUAAUAUCAUUACGAUUAUUAUUGUUUUUGACCCAGAAACCGCCGGGGCGGGUUCCAUUCUCGGACGGAUAUUACGGUUCGUAGUGUUUUUUUUUUUUUCAAUCUCUCUCUCUCUCUCUCGUUUUUAUUACAUUUCGCGCGAUCGCCGCCCGGGGGCUAUACGACACGCGGUAUUAUUUGCUAUUGUCGUCAUUAUGCACACCCGCAGAUGGCGGCGCGCUCUCGUGCCGGGCGGGCCGUGACGUUGAUAUUAUUGUCUCGGGCGUGUACCGCUGCCGCGUUCGUCCGGUAAUACACCGGGAGGGCGGUAGGUGGGCAGUAGAUGUAAAAUAAUAACGACAAUAACGAGCCGCGGAAUCGUUCUCCUCGGGUCGUGUUACGGUUGAAAAGUCUACGCGCGAUUUAAAUCCCGCGGGCUCCGGCGCCGGAGGCUCGCGGGACCGCACUGCGGAGGAGGAGGUUCGUUUAUACAAUACGUAUUAAUGAGAAAAAAAAAAAACAAAAAAAAAAACUCCGCGCGCACAGGCGGGAGAGGCGCGGAUUUUAUAAUUUAUAUCGCGGCUCGCAUACAACGUUUAUAAUAGUGUAGGUAGGCGCGCGAACGCAGAGAAAUAAUAAUUACAUAACGACGUGUGCGCGGUGUCGGUGGCGGCUACCGAGUUUUGAAUACCCGCCGCCGUUGCAUAAGACGCGGCCGGACACAAUGGGGCGCCCCAAGGUCCUCCCCCCCCCGGGAAACAACGCAUACCUAUUUACUCGUAUUAUAACGCGGCCGCUAUGCCGUGCGACUGGGUACAGGCGGACGCGUUCUCGCAUCGACGGUGGCGCGUUUUUACUAUUAUUAUUAUUAUUAUUGUUAUUAUUGUCGUUGUUGUUGUUGUUGUUGUUGUUGUUGUGCGCGCAUAACCGUGUGGGUAUCGGUAUAAUCGCAACGCGCAAUGUUAUUGUUAUAAUAAUACGACGAUGCGUUUUUUUGUGUUGCGCAGUUCACGGCCAGAGGGAAGAGUUCAAGUGUCCGGACGACUACGGUUUCUAUCCGCACGCCACGUCCUGCGACAAAUACUGGAAAUGCGACAACAACGUGGCCGAGCUCAAGACCUGCGGCAACGGGCUGGCGUUCGACGACACCGAUCCCAAAUUCCUGAAGGAGAACUGCGAUUACUUGCACAACGUCGACUGCGGCGGCAGAUCGCAAUUGGGUAAGAUACGCGCUCGCCCCUCUCUCACCACCCCCCCCUCCCCCCGAAUACCGUGUAAUAUUAUUAUCGCGUGUGACGUGCAUUUGUCAUUUGGGGAGUCAUUCGAAAUAAAAUCGCGGGUCCCCGCACUAACGCCCGUGAUCUGUGCGCGUAACACAUCCGUGUUUCGCGAUGUCUUCUUCUGAUAAUAAUGUCUCGCCGGAUUUGUUCUCGUUCAGAACCGGCCAUCAGCACGUUGCACUGUCCCAGACUGUACGGAAUCUUCGCGGACGACGUCAAGUGCGACACCUUCUGGAACUGUUGGGGAGGCGAGGCCAGCCGGUACCAGUGUUCUCCGGGUUUGGCUUACGACCGCGAAUCCAGGGUGUGCAUGUGGGCCGACCAAGUGCCGGAAUGCAAAGUCGAAGGUUAGUAGUCGUGUAUAUUUUAUCAACAUAUACGUGUAGGUGUAUAAUAUGACCGGUAACCGGUAUUCCGGGCGCCGUAACGACAUUUGAAAACGUAUACAAUUAAAAUCGAAUUAACAAAUACGAGAAAUUUUAACGACUUGUAACAUUAUACGUGUUGAAAUUCCCGCGCGCAGAGGUAGCGAACGGAUUCAACUGCCCGGCCGCCGGCGAAGUGUUAGCGUCCGUGGGAUCGUUCAGCAGACACGCUCACCCUGACGACUGCAGGAAGUAUUACAUCUGUCUGGAAGGUACGCCCAGAGAGUACGGAUGCCCGAUCGGCACCGUUUUCAAGAUCGGCGACGGCGACGGUACCGGAAGCUGCGAGAACCCCGAAGACGUUCCCGGAUGGUAAGCAUAACACACGCACACGACAACGACGAUAAUACAAUCGUUUCAUCGUUACAUAAUAUUAUUCUGCAGCCGGCGAAUUGCGUUUCCGCACGGCCCGCGACGCUACUUUUAACGCGCGUGUGCAUCGUGCAUGAUAAUAAUACAUAAUAUUUCGGUAUUAUUCACAUUUUCGGCGGCCGCGGAAUAGCUCGAGCUAAGGCUUAAGUUAUCAUAAAUAUUGCGUGUUUUCCACUGACGGCGAUUUCGCGUCCGAACGCGACGCCGUCACGUUUAUUUCGCCCGCUAAUGGAAAACGACCCGAGCGACACGUUUCGGAGAUAAGCCGCUACAAUGAUACCCCCCUAUCACGUGUACAAGAUACGCGCGAACCGUUAUCGAUAUCGGUUUAGCCGAGAUAUCCGUUGCAUGGUUUUUCCAUACUCUCAAUGAUAUUACAACGGCCCGCGAUACGCGAUAGCCAUACGCAUUGUAAUCUCGCGCGCAUGCCUUGCAAUAUCAGUGUUUUGCCCCGUAGCCGCCGACUAAAUUGCAAUGCGAGAGAAAAACAAAAAAAAAAAAAAUGUUAAGCAAAUACGCAUUAGGAACCGCAUUCUGUUGGUUCGAUAUUUUUCAUAACACCAUAUUGCAGUAUUGUACGUAUAUCGCGUUGUUAAUGAGUCCUUAAAAAAAUUAUCAAAAAAAAAAAAUAAUACGCAAUUAAGCGCGGUCGUCCGUACGGAAACACAAUUGGCUGGCGUUUCAUUCGCAGAAUGCAUCGUUAAUAUUAUUGUUAUUAUUAUUAUUAUUAUUAUAUUAACGAUUCGGCUUGCAUGUGGCUGCAUGUGCGCGGUCGUCACGACGGCUAAAUGUGAAAACGCGAAAUGCAUGCGAAAGCAUAUGAAAUGUAUUAUCACAAUGGUAUUUAUAAAUACGAUCGUAUACAUAUAAUAGGUACGCGUAGUUUCUCUGGGAAUGGCUGUACAUCGCAAUAAUAACACAUGCCGUGUACGAAACGCCGCGAACGCGGUUUUCUCGGAUAACACGCGAGUAUGUGGACGUUGUCGUCGACGCGUUAAAGUCUCCGGCGUCACGCGCCAACAGUGGCCGAUAAUAAUAUUAUGGGUUAGGAUUAAAGUCUAGGGCUCGGGACUUGUUGCGCUUAAAAUACACUGUGAAAAAAAGGAAAAACACUUGAAAGCCUCGAAAAAGCCUUGGAAAAAAAGCACUUCCGGCGAAUAUGAUUAAACCGAACGGUAGAAGGGGGGGGGGUUAAAGGUCCCUCCAAUGACUCUAAAUUAUUAAAUGUGAUUCUCGAACAUGGCACGAAUGAUUGACGAAAAGUUAUUUUGUUUAAAUGAAAUUGUAUAUGAAAAAAAAAAAUAAUAAUAACUUUGGGUUAAUAACUCGUGUAGCGUUAGAAAAUUGUAUUUAAUGGGUUAAAGCCGUUAGAAAGAGAACGAUAUUUAAACCACUCUACCGUUUUUGAAUUUUUUUUUUUUUUUUUUUUAAUAUUUUCCACGUGCUUUUUUGACGUUUUCAAACGGUUUGUUUUGUGGAUUUUAAGCGCAAUAAGUCCCAAGCCCUGCAUUGUAAUAGUUACUGUUCUACAGUUGUUUUCCUCUCGUUCGCCGUUGCGGAUCCUUUACGGCGGCGGACGUUUCGCGAUAUUGACCGUACUGUAUUUUCCGGAUCUGCCCAAUCGGACAAUCAAACAAUGAAAUCGCCUGCAGUACCUAUGCAUACGCUUCUAACGCCCGUUUUUUUUAAUCGCCAAGUGUCCGCGGGACGAAACGUCCUAGACUCCUGCAUUUUCGCCCGUUUUAUUUAAAACAAACGUAUACUAUUUAUACCGGCCGCCGUACCGUGCCCACAAUAAUCGCGGACACAAAACAACGGCGCGACGUCAUUACGGCGGUCGUCGAGUGUGAAAUCCGGCGAACGCGCAUAACAUCACGGGCCGAUUGUUUCGCGUACCAGGAUGUUACGAUACCGCCGCGAUGGACAACAAUAUUAUAAUCUCAUCCGAUCGGCAAACAUUUUUUCGAUUGCCCCGUCCGCAUGCGUAUUUGUUACGUGGAAAAAAAAUAAAUAAAAAAAUACCACAACGUUCGCGGGUGUACACCGUAACGGCUCGUAUUACACGCGUGCGGGCGCAACCAGACUCGGGGACGCUACACUUACGGACACAUCACAAACUCGCGGGUGCGAUACGUCCCCGCAAUCACCUUUACGCAUCGCUUAUAACAACCAACUACACGUUUCAUUCGCAUUUUUUUUUUUUUUUUUUAUAAGUAUAUCAUAACUUUCGACUUUGUUUUUUUGGCCACACGUCAUGCGUUGUCUGCAGUAAUGGUAACCCGCAUUUGGUCCGCUUAUUAACUAUGAAAUACUACACGGACGAAAUAUUUAGUCGACGUAUUGGGUAUUUUCGGGGGAGGGGGGGUGCCUAUUUUAAACUCGGGGACGUCAAAGGCACCCUAGCACCUCCUUGGUUGCGCCUCUGCUCGCAUACGCUGCGAUCCUCCGUAUCACACUUCGCGAUCCGGCGAUUUUUGGUAGAUUUAAAUUGAAUUCUGUCUGUUGUUUUUUUUGUCGUUCGAUCAUCAUUACGAAAAUAUGGAAUUGUUUGAGCUUUGUUUUCACGCUUGUAAAAUUUAAACUACGGUAGCAACACGUAUUAACACUAUGGUAUUCUAAUAUUAUUAUUGGAUUUACGAUUUAUGAAUUUACGACAAUAACACAUCAUAAUACACGGUUUGGAAUUGUUUUCCCGCGGAACAGUGUGGUAUUUAUUGUACUGGGAAUCGAUCGUCACGACGGUAACGAAUCGUUAUAACAAUUUUUUUUUAAUUUUUUUUUUUUCAAAUACACUAUCCCGUGCCUAUAUUUCAACCGUACAACACAUUAUCGCCGAACAGUAAUGGCAGUAAAAAAUUGCCAAUAAAAACACGUAACCGCCGUUCAUACGUGCGCACAUCGCAUUCAUGGUCCGCACGGGCAUACGUUUCUUGAUAAUUAACAUCCGAAAUAACGUAGAAAAAAAAAAAAAAAAAAAAAAAAAAAAGUAAUAAUAAACAAAAUAUUUCUCUCGUUCAGACCGCGAAAGUGAAAGCGAUACGAAUAAUAUUCGCGAUACGCACAACGGCGAUAGUAACAAUAUUAUACCCGUUCGAGGAAAAAGUUCUCUCGGCCGUAAUAUACGGGCACUGGUCCAGAGUGUCCCGCAGAGACGUACCCGUUUUGGCAAUGGCUAUCGCGACGGCGGGGACAAUCAAAUUUCGUUGUUUUUUCCUCGUUUUACGAAUAACGAAAACCGUUGUUGUCUCGGGCGAUCUCGCAACGGGGACGUCUUGUCUUAAUAUCCAUAUCUUCGCCGGCACACCCUGUACACCGUGACGAUCGUACGCGCACACGGUGACCGGCCAGUUCGAAUCCCGUCUACUCGAUUUUCGUUUUUCUCGAUCCGCACGACGCGCCCGACUGGCCGGCGGCGUCCGGUGUAUUUAACCCCGCUCCCGCUAUUUUUCUAUUAUUUUUUUUUUUCCCCCUUCUCAAACGCACCGAUCGAAUUCGUACAUUCCGUGCGCUUCGUCGGCUACGACGGCUACGGUUGUUCCCGAAAAUCCCGGCACGUUAUCUCCGUAACGCCGCGACGAUUUCGAUCGCCAAUCUCGGCGCGUCACUCGCAACGAGGGGUAAAUGAUACCGGGCGAUCGCACGGGUAGUAGUGGCGGGGUUUCCGUUUUACUACCAUUGUCGCCGCCGCCGUCGCGGUCGUUUCCGCGCCGCGUGUCAUUUUCUCGUUUCGUCGCGAUUUUUUUUAUCAACGCCGUUUCGUUGUCGUCUCGCUCGCGUUUCGCGCGCGGCGCACGUUCGGACCACGAAUUUCACGAAACGCUUUUCCGCCGCUCGUCCGGCCGCUCGUUUAGAGACCGCUGUCCACAAUUCGGACGGGCGUGCGGCGCGGUAAAUCCGGUUGUUUGUUUUCGUUUUUUUUUUUUCUCUCGGCCGGCAUUUCCCCCCGAGGAAUCACCAACUCUGUCGUUUAACGCGCGACGAGCGCCUGUCUGACGAAAUUUAAAAAAUCCCGACAUUAUUAUUGGUUUUUUUUUUUCUUUUACCCGUACGCGUUCUGCCGAGCCCCGCGGGGACGCGACGCGUCUCUUGUCGCGUCGUUAACGAAGUUUUUACACGUCUUUUUAAUGGAGAUUUUUUUUUUUUUUUUUCUCGUUAAUACUAUUUCGAAACCCGCCGUCUGGGUCGGACGGCGGUUCUCUUAAACGGGUUUGAUAUUGUUAUUGCUUUUUUUUAUUAUUGGUGUCGGCGUUCGAUUAAUAUACAUUUUUUUAGAUUUUUUUUUUUUUUUUUCAAUAUCAUUUCAUUCUACGCGAUAUCUGUGUACACGAUAGUAAUAAUAAUAAUAUUGCACAGGCAAUAAUUGUAGUCAUUAUAAUUCUGAUAGUAGUCGGGAUAUGCGUACGCUGUUACGAAAGUAAUCCAGUGAUAUUUUCCGUAACGUGUAACGGCCGCGGACUGGGUAAAAAUUAGAAAAUACAAAUGACAAAAAAAAAAAAAAAAAAAAAAACCAAAAACCAAACCUACCUGUAUGUGUGUGCGCAGUGAGGACUAUUACGGCGACCUGGACCUGAAGGCGAUCAGGAAGAGCGAACUGCUGUCCGGUCUGGACAACAAGUCCCGGCAACAACCCGCGGCCGAGACCAAGGCCGCGGCGCCCAAGCCGCAGCCCCAGCAGAGGCAACAGCCGUCCAACAGGCCGCAACCGCAACAGCAACAGAGGCCCCAGCCGCAGCAAUCGCCGGCCGCGCCGCAAUCGGCCAAAGACUACGACGACGCUUAGAGACCGACGCGCAUAAGAGACUAUAAUAUUAUCAUUAUAUGUGUACCUAUAUAUAAUUAUAUAUUAUAACCUAUAAUAUUAUUAUUAUUAUUUUUUUCAUUUUUUUUUUUUUUUAUCGUAUACGACGGCACACGAGCGCGACGAUUUUUCCGACAUUUUUGUUUUUUUUCUUCCGUUUUAUUACUAUACUGUUUACUACCUUUGACGCUGUUAUUAUGGAUUUAUUUUUUCCAACGCGGCCGUCUUACAUUAUGCGCGCGACAAUAACGCGAACGAAAAUAUAGGCGCUCGCGCAGCAAUUCAACAGGUUUUUUUAUAUUCUUUGAAUAUUUCUUUUUUUUUUUUCGUCUCAUCCGCGACCAACAAUUACACCCGGUCCGUUCGGUUAUUCCGUCCUGAUCGUCCCACUCCCCUUCCCCCCUCCCCACCACGUUAUCCCCGUCGGCCGUGCGCGCGGUAGUUUUUCUACACCGCUGCGAAGUUCACACGCGCGUACCAUUAUUGUCGUUGUCGUUGUCGUUGUCAUUAUUCGAAACACCGACGCGCGGCGGCGGCGGUACGACCGCGUCUGCACGGGUCACCGACGGCCGCGUACGGACGGCAAUUUCCGUCGUAUUCAAGCGCAAAAAUCAAAAAAAAAAAAAAAUAAUAAUAAUAAUAAAAAUUUACGCUCGCAAUCUAAAAAUACUGCCCGCCCCCCGAAUAUGAGCGCGUGUUCUUCAACGCUUUUCCCCCCCUCCCACCCUCUCCCUUUUACUUAAAUAUCGCUUAUCUACAUUGCACUACUCUCGUAACAAACCGAACGCGUAUUAUCAUUGUUAUUAUUAUAGGCAUAAUUAUUACAAUAUACCAAUACUGUAUUACAAUAAUAACAAUAUCCGCACGAAACGCCUGCACUACUUGAACGGUGACCGUUCGCGCGACAUUUUAAAUUUAUGCGUUUUUUUUUUUUUUUUAUUAUAUCAUUGUGUAAAAAAAUUAUUAUAACAUAAUUUACGUAUUAUAUAAUAUAUGUGUACAAAUGAUUACGGUCUUAUUUUAAUUUUACGUGUACUUAUAUAUUAUUAUUAUUAUUAUUAUUAUUAUCCGUUCGCGCGACAUUUUAAAUUUAUGCGUUUUUUUUUUUUUUUUUUUUUUACAAUAAUUUUAUAUAUUUUUUUUCAUGUAAAAUUAUCUAUAUAUAUAUAUAUGAAAAAAAAAAUAUAUAUAUAUAAAACAAAAAAAAAAACUUAAUUUUAUCGUUUUGAUUACCUGAUUAUUAAAAAAAAAAAAAAAAAAAAACCGAAACAAAAUACACAGUUUAUUGUAUAUAUAUACAUAUAUUACAUUACAUACAUAAUGUGCACGCACGCUUUAAUUGUUAUUAUAUUGUUCGUAUUGUAUUAGCGAAUGGUGGCCACUGUUUCCGCGUCGUCGUCACUUUUAAAAUAUAACACGCCUGCGCCCCGCGGUGUUGAAUCCGGGUAAACUCCACGGGGCAGGGCGAAUCCUGCUCGGGAUUUUAUUCGCCGUCCUCUCCCUCCCCCCCCCUCCCCGUCGGACAAAUACAAAUGUCAAAAAAAAAAAUGUACACACUUGGGGAUGUGUACAAUACCCGUUAAAUUUCGCAUAGACACGACCAACGUAGAGAGAAAAAAAAAAAAUAAAUAAAUAAAUGGGAUCGUCGCCCAGGAAAAUUGACCGGAUACCUGCGCUUAUAACUUACUACGCGUCACGUCCCGAUGCGAGUCUCCCGUCCGAACAGUCGGCCCGACGCGUUGACGCACAUCACCAGUGCGUUAGCGACAACGCGCGGAACACGAUAAUUAACUAUACACGCCGAUACUAAAUAAUAGAAAAAAAAAACAGCCGCGAAAUGGCGAAACGAUAUUCUGGACAAAAUAUCGCUCUGGCGCGCCCGGUGUAAAUAUUUGUAAAUAUCGGUAAAAUUUGCACGCAAUCUGUACGUAUUGUAUGACUGGGGGAGGGCAGUUACGUUACGCUGCGCCGACGACGGUACGCGUAAAACAAUAUUUAAUUCGGCGCCCGCAGUUGCCGAUGCCAAUGACCGUCAUCGACUUUUAAUGCGCGGUAAGCUCUACAGAGUUGCCCGCACGAAAACCCGUACGCUCCCGAGCCGACCGGGCCGAGUUUGAUCCAAUCUAAUAGGUUUCGGACCGCUUUUGAACGCGUAACGUUCAGAUUACGCGGGCACCUAGCCGCCCCCGCGAUUUUCAUAAUAGGUCUUUCGGCGAGUGGGCAAUCUGUUCGAGAACCGACAGGACCCCGGAUGCGACGCUGACGUGUAUUGGGCACAAUUAGCGCCGAUAUAAUUGCGGUGCUAAUUAAAUCGGUGGUGACCUUGUCGUGAGGAAAAAAAAAAAAAAAAACCGCCUUUAUAUAUUACCGAUGAAUAGCGAUCAGAUGUAAAUCGCGGGUGUUCGGGAAACGUUAUCAAGUCCGAUGGCCAAUAUUCUUUAUCGGGUAUUAUUAUUUUUUAAUUUUUUUUUGUUUUUUUCCGUUUUUAUGAGUCAGCGUCAUAACCGAUUUACCCGACGGACACAACACCAAUAGACACGGUGGUCUGUAAACAAAUAGUUGUACAGCGGGUACCCGGGGGCCGAAACUCGGUAAUGUAAAAUUACAUGUCCACGUUACAAUAAUGAAAUGCCACGAAAAAUAAACGGGCAAUAUUAUUAUUAACACACGAGAAGUUUUUCCAUAGAGUCUGGACGUACAGCUGAAAAGAAACCGUUUUGUCCCCGCUCUGAACAUCCGAAUCUAAUCUCACUGGAUAUAUUAAAUCUAAUUUAAUUCAUUAUCGAUUUACGAUACAUUUUAUAAUUUCACUUUGAGAACGAUUGAUAAAAACAAUCGGAUAAGUAGGUACCACGAAUAACACGACCAAGACUAAUUUAUUAUUACGAACAAAACAAAAAUGUAAUUAAUUCAAAAUAAAAUGUUACCUAAUGUACGAAAACAUUUCACACUGUACGCUGGCCCGAUAUUUAGCUACAGGUAUCAUCUUAUUGUGAUUCGCAUUGAAAAAUACAAACUAACGAACGGUGAACGAAUUCCGUAAAUUAUAAAUACCCAUAUUAUCAUCACAAGUAUACAUUUAUUUAACAGUACUAUAUUUCAUUACCUAAGUUGAAAAUAUUUUUCCCGUUUUCAUUUUGGAGUAUUGCAGUUUUAAAUAUUUCAAAAAAUGAUAUUGCAUAUUAAAAGACAAAAAAAAAAAAAUAGGUACGAGAAUAAAAAUUCUUUCUUUGCAUGCUCUAUAAUACUAAAUAGUAAACUAGCAACUUUAACUAAUUGUGUUUUUUAUUUUUAGCUUGGUUGGUUUAAAUGUAAAUUUAAUAACAUUUUAAAGUGUACUAAAGCUGAAGUAAAUGACUAAUAAUAGUAUAUAAAACAAAAAAAUAGUAAUUAUGCAAUAUUAACACAAUAACAACUAUACAUUUUAACAUAACAGUAUUGAAAUAGUUUGUUGUCAAAAAAAACCACUUAUUUUCAAAAUGUUUAAUUUUUUUUUAAAUUUUUAGUGAAGACUAUUACGGGGAUGUAGACCUAAAAGCACUACGAAAAAUUGGAUACAGACGUUGAUCAAGCAACAAACAAUAAGUUCUCAACCUGAACCAAAGAUAUUUCAUACAACCUGGUUCCGAAUGAACAUUGGGCGUUGAUCAAAAUACCAAACAUUUUGUUAUCAAUAGCAAAAUACAUACACACAUGCGCUUGCCAAAAAAUAAAUGCAUUUUUAAUAUUAUUUAUUUUGUUAUAUUGUUUUGAUCAAAUAAUGUAAUAUUACUUAACUUUAUACAAAAUAUCAUUCUGAAACAAUAAUAUUUAUAUAUCAUGACUAGAAUGUAAUAUAAUAUAUAUAUAUAUAUAUAGUUCAUAUAUUACUUAAUUAUUAAAUCUUAUGAGUUAACAUAAAAAUGUUGUAAGCUUAAAUAUUUAACUAUAAAACUUGGUACAUAAUAAGCAAAAGAAAAUGUUCAAAAAAAUCACAGUAAGAUACAUUUAUGAUUUAUAUACGUGUAAAUAAUAACCUCGGGCAUUUCGGCUGUGACACCGUGACUAGUCACAAAAAAAAAAAAAAAAAAAAAAAAAAAAAAAACAAACAAACAAACAAAUUGAGCAAACAAUUUAAAACAGAACACAAAAAUUAUUAUUUUAUACACAAAUGAAAGUUGCAAAAAAAAAGUAUAAUUAUAUAAUUAAUAAAUAAAUAAAUGGCGAUACAUUUUGAUUUUUAAUUUCUAAACAAAUUUUUGGUUAAAUCAAAAUGUUGAAUAACAAAAUAUUUUUUUAAAAAAAAUCAAUCAAUUACACUGUACUUUUAUAUGUUAUGUAUAUACAUAUACAUAAUAUAUUUACUUUCUUAAUAAUAAGAAUUCAGUGAUUAAAUUCACCAGUUAAUCGACAAAUAAGGAACUGGUUACCAGUUAAGUUUCAUAAACAAUCUUAUAAAAUAUUAAUAAUAUACUAUGAUCGGAUAUGAAUGCUACUAAUUGCAAUCACCCAACUAUUUAACACAUAAAAUAAUAAUGAAAUGUGCCUUGUGUAAAAAAAAAUUCAACAGAAAAAUGAUUAAAAAAUAAUUUUCAGCAACAUUAAUAGUAACUAGACCUGUCAUACAAUAAUUUAUAGGUAUAUUUUGUUUAACAUUGCUUUUCAUAAUUUAAUAUUAUAUUAUUGUUAUAUAUAAAUUGUCUUUUUAAAUUGCUAAUUAAAUCUAAUAUGAUUCAAUAAUGUUAAAUUGCUCUAAUCAAGCAAUAUAAAUUUACUCACUGUUUUUAGGAACAGAUUCUUUACGAUUCUGUCCACACAGUAGUUGUCAUAUAUCAUUAAACUGGCAAACAACACGACGACGUGGUUGAGGUGUGUAUCUUCGAUCUUUUUCUUCUAAUUUUGGUUGACCAAACAAUCGAUGUUGGUAUAAGGUGUGCAUGGGUGACGAUCCACUCUCCGAUAAACGUCGUGGUGGUGGAGUUGGUGGUGCUGGAGACACAUAACGUCUGCAUAAAGCUGGAGAACCUUCAAAAGUCUUACGUAUUGGAGCUGGAGAAGGUGGACACACUUCGCGUCGCGUCACCAGAGGGGAUUCAGGCACGGGUGUGUUUUGGUUUCGUGGGGGAGGACUAGGAGGGGUUUUGCUCCAUGGAGCAAACUUGAGGUAGGUAGAUAUCAAACUCUUUCUUGGACUAGGUUUCGGUGAAUCUGGAGGGUUAAUUUCUCUAGGUGUAGAACGUUCAAACCUACUCGGCGAUACUGAAGACGACCUA